AGCAAAUUCGAGUACCGUAUCUGGGCUACCGAUGCUAGAUACCUAUUCUGGGUAGAACACAAUAUCAAACAAACGUUGAUGAAUUAACUCUUUCAUGCAUAACUGGAGCAACGAAAACAACAAAACCCAAUCAAGGCCUAAUAUACAAUAAUACCUGUACAAAUCGACUUCAAAUCUCUACUACAUUGUAAUAAUCACCAUGCUCAGGCAGGACUUUAGUCGACAAGAUGCCAAACGGCGCAAUGUCACCGAUCAUCGAAAGAAGCAGUUCGCCGACCCGGCGUACAAGGCGACCGAUUACCCUCACCGCAUGAACUUUUACGCCAUCCCACCGACCGCCGACAUCACACUGGAGCAGUUUGAACAGUGGGCCAUCGACCGACUUCGGAUCCUCGCCGAGCUCGAGGCCUGCAGCUUCCGCAACAAGACGCCGCAGGAGACGGCGCUGCACAUGAAGCCCCUGCUCGACAAGUACCUCCCGCUUGACGCCAACAGCUCCGCCUCCACGCAGCUGCCCGCCCAGAGGCAAAAGGACCACUAUGGACACUUCAUCCUGAGGCUGGCUUUCUGCUCCACGGAGGACUUGAGGAGGAGGUUCGUCAGGGUCGAGACUAUGCUAUUUCGGAUGCGCCUGGCGGCGGAUGACAGCAAAGAGCGCGCGGCUUUCAUCGCAUCUCUGGACGGCCUGGACUGGGAGCCCGUUCCGGAGGAUGAGAGGAGAAGUCUGUCAUCAGAGCUUGCUGCAGUCGCUGGGUGGAAGAAGGAAUCUGCCGGGGAAGACGAGAUGUGGUGCAAAGUUGACUGGGAGAGGGUACCAGAUCUUGUGGAAAGCAGAAGGGUAUUGCUAAAGGCGGGCAAGGCCUACGUCCCUGCCAAGGAGCAGACAAGCAUGGUAGUGACCGAGUUUACUUCUCGGUUGGAAAAGGCACUCGAGCUUACUGCUCGCGCCCUCCCCCGACUCGACGAAGACGACCGACUCACUCCGAUUCUGAACCACCUCUCCAAGAACUUCAUUACCCCAGACGCAUCAUAUGGUAGCGGCGGCGACGACCAGGCCGCGCCAGGGUCCGAACUGACAGCAGCAAAUGUGGAAAAACUCUCCUCAGAGCAUUUCCCACUCUGUAUGCAACACCUGCACCGCUCGCUGCGUCGUGACUCUCAUCUCAAGCACUUUGGCCGUCUACAGUACUCUCUCUUCCUGAAGGGGAUCGGUCUUUCGCUCGAGGAGUGUUUGGUGUUCUGGCGCUCUUCCUUCAACAAAAUCACGGACGAUACCUUCAACAAAGAGUACAGGUACAACGUCAGGCACGUCUACGGCGACGUGGGUGGCGACGCCAACAGGAGAGGCCGCGGUUACAGUCCGUUCAGCUGCCAGAAGAUCUUGACUGAACACCCGCCUGGUCCUGGCGAGGCCCACGGGUGCCCGUAUCGACACUUUAACUUGGAGAACCUGACGGCGCUGCUGCAACAGGUUGGAAUCAACGACCGUUCAGUUCUGAACGGCGUGAGGGAAGAUAAAGAGAAACAAAAGUUCCAUCUUGCUUGCAACAGGGUCUUUGAGUAUGUUCACAAGAACGAGAUCAAACGCGCCAAGGACGAGGGCAUUAUGACCGUGGCACAGCUCGAAACCAUAGUGCAUCCCAACGAGUACUUUAAGCGUAGCUAUCUCCUCAAGCAUCUUGAUAGUAACAAGGACGGGGAUGUGAAGAUGGAUGGCUGAACAAGAUAAGACAUCGGGAAAUUUGCAUUUUCGGUAAACACGUAUUGGGUAGGUGCCGGUUAGGUUUGAUAUCAGGCGUUUGGUGUUGGAGGCGUUCGUGUCGGGUAAUCUUAUGUGUGGAGGGAAAUACACGUCGCCAUUUAGCGGGUUGGACAAGGAGUCCUGUUGUACUUCUGGAAACCGAGGAGGUAAACAUGAACACGAUACUAUCAUAAUGAAU